AUGGCCGCGACGAAAAAUACAAGCAAUGCAGACCGUCACCAAAAAUGGUACGAUCCCGAUAUUGAAGAUGUCAACCCACAGAUCCGCCACCUGCUCGAGGCAUACUCCAAGGUUCCUUCCCCGGGCGUAGUCAAGCAUGUUAAUGAGAUUGUACGUUUGAAUUAUCUUUCAAUUGCUGAGCUGGUUAAUCCUAACGAUCACCAGCGUGCCCGUGGCUUUGCUGCCAACCCAUACCCUUGUAUAGGGCACUACCGCUUUCUCAACCUCACGCUGUUAACGCAUCCACUCUACGAGUCGAUCCUAGCGCGUCUCAUGUCUAAUCCUUCAGCAACAUACCUAGAUCUAGGCUGUUGCUUCGGUCAAGACCUACGCCAGCUUGUACUGGAUGGCGUGCCCUCGUCCCAGCUAAUCGGCCUUGACAUCGAAGGCCCGCUGAUGGAUCUCGGUUACGAGCUAUUUCUCGACCACAAUACACUCGAAAGCAAAUUCGCGGUCGCCGAUAUCUUCCAGGGUGAGUCACAAGGCGAGCCUUGGGCAGGUCUUGUGGCUAGAGGAGUCGAUGUGAUCCAUUGCUCUGCGUUUUUCCAUCUUUUCACGCUUGCGGAGCAGUUCGAGGCGGCAAAGUCUGUUGCCAAACUAGUCAAGAAUGGGGGUAUAAUUGUUGGCAGACAGAGUGGAAGUGUAAAACCUUCCGAAGUACCAGCCAUUAAGCCAGGAAGUACCAGUUUCCGACAUGAUGUGAGAACAUUGGCCGAGUUGUGGGAAAAGGUUGGAGCGGCAACUGGUACAAAGUGGAAGGUUGAAGGUUCCCUUGAUGAAGUUGGUGUUCAAAACAAAGGAAAGAAUGCUGUUGAAGAUGAGAACUCCAGGAGACUUCUUUUUACAAUCACGAGGGAAGAGUAG